AUGAGAGUAUCGGAACAACCAAAGCUAGCUAUUAUCCAUAGUUUACGUAUAUGUACAAGAUUAUUCAAAACACAUUUACGCUUUCUCCAUGCUUUGAAAUCCAAUAUUGAUACAAAAAUACUAACAAAAGUGAAUUGUGACACAAGACAGAUGGCCCAAGAUAGUUUCGAUUUGUCAACAUUUGCAAAUACAGAUGAGUUAACAAAAUGGUUUCAUUUUUUCUCAGACUUGGUCUGUAGAGAUACACAAUCUGAGUCGAUAACAACACGUAGAGAUGCAUCGAAAGCCUUGAUUUAUCUUGUCGAUUUAAAAGCUACAUUAUUUAUAGAAAAAUUAUCAUUUAUUCAUAAACAUGUUAUGGAAAAUAAGUAUCAUGAGUUAGUCGAAGAACUAUUAAUAGAACUAAAUGAAAGAGUUACACUUAUGAACUGGAUCGAACUUAUCUUUAACGAUAACGAAAUUAGACCCGAGAAAAAUCAAGCAUUAGCAAUAUUAUAUUCAUUCGUUCGCAUUUGUUUGAACUCAUCGAGUAGUUUGAACCAAGAACAAAAACAAAAACUUAUACAAACACUAGCAUUACUUCAACAAUAUUUUCUACUUCGCUUAAUACCAGAAUCCCAAAUGAAAAGACGUCAAACUCGUGGAGCGCACAAUAAUGAAAUCAGUGGAUUAGAAACACCUAUUGAUGUUGCUUCUGCAUUGAUAUUUGCUCAUUACAUGUCACACAUACUUGGAGAUUAUACCGAUAAAGUCGAAGGAGCAAAUGACUUCUUCCAACAAAUUCUUUUUGGCCUAUGUUUAAUGACACAAACAAGCAUCUUUAAUUUUGAUAUAGUUCAGCCGAUAUUCACGUCAGUUUUACCAUUACUAACAGAACAUGCGUUACGGAGUACCAUUUAUGAAUACAACACUGCACACGUUCUAUAUUGGUUAAUUGGAAAAAUAAGUAAUCUCAUGAUUGCUGGUAUACAACAAAAUUCAUUAGAAAUAAAACAUCUCAACACAUUGAAAUUAUCUCUGUUUGGUGGUGGAUGUGAAAAGACACUCGUUGAAAAUAAUAAAUACGUACUGAACCUGCAGGAAUCCAAUCUUGCCAAGUACAGUGAGUUUCAAAUACCAGUUUCUAAUAAAGAAAUCUCAUCGGAUCAUGAAUUUUUAAUGUCUAUAUAUAAUAACACUGGUCAAGGUGCACAAUUAAUAUUGAAAAUAAAAAGUUAUGUUAAAAGUACAUUACAUUUACUCAGAUCGAUUGAAUCGCUAGCUGAUGACGCAUGUGCAGCUCUAUUUGCUGUUUACAUAAAAUAUUAUCGUCGAGUUAAUAUUGCUAAAUCAGAACUAACUCGAACCCCUGAUCAGAGACCCCAUAGUAAACUUCUAUUACUCUAUGAAUAUGCAAGUCAUGUUCAAACAUUAUUCAAUACAACUAGAGCACAAGGCGAUGAUUGUAAUGAAUUACACGAACAAAUUAAAAGGAAAUCAUUGCUACUAUUAUCAACUGUCAAAGAAAAUAAUAUUAUUCCUAUUAUUCAAGACAAUGUGCUGCAACCAAUAGAAAGUUCGGUUACAUUAACGAUGGAGCAAAAUCAUGACAAUGAAAGUAUUUUUCAUGAAGAACUCUAUAAUUUUGUUUGUAGCAAUGUUCAUAAAAAAGAAACAUUCCAGUCUGAUGAACUCGUUCAUUGUCUAGUUAAACAACAUGAACGUGCUGUUACUCGACUAAUCAUAUAUCGAUUUAUUGAUAGUUUUAUCAAGAAAGUCUUUGAAAUUGAAGAUGACAAAGAACGAAUCUGUGCGAUUCUAACCGUAUAUUUGCCCUAUUUAAGAAAAUCAAAUGUUAAUUGGUCGUUUUUAGAAAAUAUUGCAGCGACAAAUAAUGAAUUAAAAGACGAAAUUAGAAAUACUUAUUAUUCAAUUAUCCAAAAUGUUCUAUCAUUUAUUUUACGAUCAAAAAGACUCGAAAGAAAUAUAUUUAAUUUAUUAAAUUUAUCCUAUACAUCGGUUGAUAUGCAUUUUCUACAACAGCAUCAAUUUGUUGAACUCUUAUUCAAAUCAUAUGUUCAUUUUUCAGAUGGAAAAGAAGUAGAAAAUAGUACUACACUUCAUCAAAAGUUAAUUGCAUACAAUUGGUUUCGACUUUAUGUAUUAAACGUAUGUAAUAACAUCCAAAACGAAGAAUUGAUUUUUCAUAGAUUAAUUUUAAAUGAAUUAAAAGAAUUGCGAAAAUUGAAAGAAGCUUUACCUAUUGAUGCAAGAGAUAGCGUUGUAGAUUCUGUAGAAUGUAGAAAUCAUUCAUUGAAUAAUUCUUCUAUUGCAUGGUUUAUUUAUGCAACAACUAAACAUAAAACAUCAAGAUUUGGAAUUGAACUCUAUACAAAUCAACUAUUGACACUAUUACUUCGAUGUGUUCAUUUACAUGAGUAUGUUCGGUCUAAAUGUGCAACAAUGGAUUUCAUUGAGGAAUUAUUAUACAUCUAUCGACACAGCCAAAACAGGGCAACAAUAGUACUGGCAUUGAAAAUCUUACGUGACUUACUUCCGUUAUUACUUGAAACAAAUGAUGGAAUAACAAGUUCAACAAUGAGUCAGCUUUUAAUGAAAUUCUUGUUUUCUAUUGGUAAUAGUGAAAAUUCACAAGAAAUUCUAGCUGAGAUUGUCACUGAAUCAAUCUACAUUUAUCGGACUAUAAUGUCUUAUCAAUUAUCACCAUGGCAAGUCAUGGCAACAAAUGUUGUUAUCGAUAGUAUAACAGUGACGUUGAACAAUAUUGAUUGGACAUCAUUUGAAACUAUUAACACACAACGAUGGAAUUAUUUAUUAGCGUCAUUAUAUAUAUUAGGUGGAUACAUUCAACCGUUUAGUUUAGGUUCGACUGUGAGAAUUUAUACUAAUGAAGAAAAAACUCGAUAUGACUUAGGUGUUAUCAUUGAUAUGAAUACACAGAACGGAUCAUGUCAUUUUAUUCAAUAUCUAAGAGAUAAUAAAAUGGCUGAGAUUAAAAUCGAUAAACUUGAAGUCAACGUAGAUGUAGAUCCACCUAAUUUACUCGAUUUACCGAAUAAGAGUGGUUGCUCCCAGGGAGUUAUACAUUCGAUUCUUGAUGCGUUGGGAUCCAUAAUACAAAUCGAUCUAUCUUCAAAUAAUAGUUUGCGUCUUUUACAACUUAAACGUUAUGCUGUUGCAACUUUAUGCAGAAUCUUAAAUCAACAUCAAAUCAUUGAUACUUUCAUGCAAAAAUCCUAUGUUUCAGUAUUAGCUCAAUUAUCAAUGAAAGAUUUGUGUGAACAAAAUGUUAUUCAGUCGAUUAAUAUAAAUCUAUUCGAUCGAUUCCAAUUAGAACAAUAUUGUUUUGAUUUAGAUCAAUACAAACGUUCAAAACAAAUUACAACUGAUAAUAAUAUUAAUCAUCUGCUAACCAUAGAUCCAUACGUUAUUUACAAUAAAGCUGAUAUCAAAUCGAAUCAGUCAACAUAUGAUAGAUGGAAGCCAUAUGCAUCCAAAAUGGAAAUCGAAAUGUAUAAGAAGGGUCGAAUUAGUAAUGAUGAAAAACUAUCAAUUGUUCCAUUCCCACGUCAGGUAGCUGAUAUGAGUGUUAUUCAAGAAUGUGGAAAUAAACAUCAAUUUAAAGGUCGUAUUUAUAUGAAUGAUAGCUAUUCUCACGGAGCAUUUCCUACAUUCAUUGUGGAUAAUUUACAACUGAGUGAAGGCAAUUGGUAUUAUUGUGUUAAAUUACCAUACGCUGGUCUUAUUCAAAUUGGAUGGGCAACAAGAGGAUUCACACCGAGAUCUAGUGAAGGAUUAGGCGUUGGCGAUGAUGAAUAUUCAUGGUCUUUCGAUGGAUCACGCGGCGUUCUUUUCAGUAAACGGAAAUCUUAUCUUUUGCCAGGUCAUAUUCGAUGGCAACCAAAUUAUGUUUGUGGUUGUGGUAUUGAAAUUAAUGGUCAAAAUACUCGAAUCAAAUAUUGGUUGAAUGGCAAAUGCUUAGGUACAGCAUUUGAACAUCAAUCUAAUAUUGUAUCGACGACAGUAAAAUGUAAUCUAUUACCAAAUGGAUCGAAUACAACAUAUUUUCCUAGUGUUAGUAUGAGCGCACAUUCACGUAAAGAAAGCUGUUGUGAAUUUAUAUUUAGUCCAGAAGAUAUGACUGAAUGUCCAUUACCGGAAGGUUACAAACCAUUACUAGGGCCAAAAUUGAGUCCUAGUAAAGUCCCGAUUGUUAGUUGCCCAUACAGUGCUUAUUUAGUUGGUAAUGAAGCUCAAGAUUCUAUUUAUACAUCACGAAAUAGACCUUCGACUAGGUUUCUACGUGAUUUUAUUAAUGAAAAUCAUAUUGAAACUGUAUUUAUUGUUGAUAAUCAACAACUAAUAUUGACAGAAGAUAGUAAUGGUUUUCCAUUUUUAAUGAGUAAUCAAGCUUUACCUUUUACGAUUAGUUUCGAUUUUCAAAUCUUAACUAAAACUAAACAUGAUGCAAUUGAUAAAUCGGACAUACUCCUGUUUACAUUAGAAACAAACGAAAUAAUAUCAGUAAGAAUACCCUUCAAUGAAGCAACUCGAACUAUAAUCUUAAUCAAUCCAAAUGAACGACACAUAAAUAUCUAUAUCAAUAACGAGAUUCAACCCAUCAAUAUCAAUUUUGACAAUAGUACAAUGGCGAGGUUCAAUUUUCAUUUUCUACCAAAUGUUCAUGCUGGAAUGAAAAAUUUUGCUAUUUGGAAAUAUGCACUUUCAGAAGAGCAUAUUCAACGCUUAUUUACUAGUGGUAUAUCCUAUGUAGCUAUUGAGUAUAAACAAGUGAAAGAACAUCGAUUGGAAGCAAACACAUUCACAUUCAAAAAAAAUCAACAAUACUUUCCCGAUGAAUUUCUAAUACCUUUCAAGCAACCAUUUAACGAAACAACAUGGAACCAAAAGCAAAAACAAGUCGAUAUGGAUGAAUCGAUAUUUUUUCAUGAAAUCGAUCAAACAAAUCACUCAGCUGUACAGUUGUACGGAAAUCAAAGUUAUCUUGUUUUAAAAAAAUCAAGUCGUGUGUGGCAUAACUAUGCACUUAUUCUUGAUGUUUUGGUGCCCAUUUUCCCAACAAAUGGACAACCAUUAUCAUUAGUUUUAUUGAAUGCAGAAGCAAAUGUCUUUAUAACGUCCGAAGGUAAACUUUGUCUUUCAGCAGCCAAAAGAAAAUACGAAAGUACAUCGAUAUUAAUAUUGAAUCAAUACGUACGUUUACUUAUCAGUGUAGAUAAUAAACAAAUCAAAAUCUAUGUUGACGGAUCAAUAGAAAUUGACGUUGAUGUCCAACAUGAUGUAUUAGGUGUAAAUUCAGAUCAUAUUCAUCUAUUUCGAGAAGUCGACUCGGAAAAAAAUACAACAUCCAACAAUAUCCUUCGUAUUAGAUGCAAAUCAAUUACAUUUCUUAAUCGAACAAUCGCUAACAAAGAUCUGGACGAAGCACUGAAAUCGUCGAACUAUUCAUUAGAAACAUUGGUUGCGUUACCACUUUCAUUAUAUACGUCAAGCCUUAUAAAUAUGGGACACAAUAUCGAAUGGAUAAAAUUUGUUGCGAAUGAAUAUAGAACAAAUCAUAUUCAAUUGAUUGAUACAAUUAUACGUGAGCAUAAGGAAGAAUUUUUAAAGAAAGAUGAGCAAAGACAGCAAAGGUGUAUUUUGAAUAUAGUUUCAAGAUUAGGUUCAGCAGUUGAUAGAGACAAGUUAGAAUACUUGUACAAUACUUCGCAAAUUGAUUCUAAAGAUACAAUCGCAUCGGUGACUAAACUCGUACUAACUCAUUGGAAUGAUUUACAACGAGAACAAGCUUCAAUUGUUGAAGAGGAAAAUGAAAAGCAAGAUUACUGUUUGCGUCGUGUAUUUAAGGGAUUCGAUCUGAAUUAUAAUUUUACUGAAUGGAUUCGAGAUAAAUCUAUUGCUCCACAAGAAACCGAUACAACUGAUCAAUUAUUGGAUUUGAGCAAUUUAGAGCAAGAUCAAACAGCAUUCCCAACAAUAUUCAGUCAAUCAACAAAAAUUAAAAAGUCUCUUCAAUAUUCACAUAAAAACUUGUCACAUAAACAAUAUUUAGAAUCACGUAUUGCUUGCGAGCAUGGAUUGAUAUUCAUCUAUGCAUCUGAUACAAUUUUGAAUAUGUUUAAAAUCUGGACAAGCACGAAUGCACAUCGGUUUCCUUUAGAAAGAUUUGGGGAUUAUCCAUUUAUUAUUAAAUUAUUACAAUCAAUUGAAUAUCAUUACAUGCAUACGAAUGUGCGUGUAGAAAAUAGUAUGAAUACAGCAAACAUUUUAUUGAAAUCUAUUCUUGAAGACGAAAUUCUUUCACAUAAGUUUCCUUUUAUUGACCAUUUAAAACAGAAUAUUAUCACUGAAUCGAUUCGAUACCUAUUGAAAGUAUCAUCAUCUGGACAUGAACCCGAUGAUGAGCCCAUUUUAAACUUUAUUUUCAAAACUCUAAACAUUUUCGUUGAAUUAAUUACCUAUAGAUCAACAAUGAAACAAAACGAAAUUGAUACAUUAAUGCAAUUGUUAUUUCCUGAACCAUUAAUCAAUAUUAUUUUUGAUCUAUUUCUAUUUGUUCCAAUACAUCAAGCAAAAAUUUUCAUUACAUAUCUAUUUGUUACUUUGAUGAAAACAAAUAAACAAUUUCAUACAAGUGAACAUAUAAAAUAUUUUAUGUCUCAACUAUGCAUUGAACUAUUAUCAAAUCCAAAAUCUAUAAAUAAUCGAACGAUAAAAACAUUGCAAACCUAUAUUUUGGACUUUGUAUAUUUAGAUUUGAUUCGUGGUUCUCGUGAAGAAUUAGAAAUGAAAUUAUCGAAAUUUCCAGAACAGUUUCAAGAGUUAUCGAUGAUUAUAGACAUUAUAAAUGCAAUAAUGGAUGAAACAAAAUGUUCAAAGUUUCCUGCAAUGAUGUUUGUACAAUCAUCUAAUGUGUUGAACAAAGCUUCUCAAUUCACAUUGGAUGAAAUAACAAUUUCCAACUCUCAUUUUGAUAAUAUGUCCGAUUUACAAUUGAUCAAUCUAAGGAACGAAGAUGAGUUAAUUGAACAUUCGUUUACUGAAUUUAUUGAAACUCUGCCGGUAUCUUUCCAACGCUAUCCAUCUUUAGUAAAUAUACCAGUAGUUUACAUACAAAAUCGUGCUAAACUCUUCUAUAUAUUGGAAAUAUUUGUGGAAAAAAAUUUAGUACUUCUUGAUUUGAAUUUGGCUUCGGAUAAAAGUGUUUUCACAGAUAAGAUUCGAGCCAUUAAAAGUUAUUUAUCACGUAGAAGAAGAUUUAAAUGGUUUGAACAGUCGCUGUGUCAGACGAAACAGAAUAGUUCUAGUAAUCCCACUGUCAUAUUUGAUGUUCUAAAAGCAAGUAUUCCUGAUAGUGAUGGACAAAAUAGUCUAUUCUAUCAAGGAUAUGAACAAUUGCAUGAAAAUGCCCAUCUAUUAUUUAGAACUUGUGAUCAACGGCUUUGGCGAGCAAAUUACAUUGGCAUGCAUAGUACUGAUCAAGGUGGGCCAUAUCGUGAUUCAAUUACAGGUAUGUGUUCGGAUAUAUGUAGUACACGAUUACCAUUGUUUAUUUUGUGUCCAAAUGGCCGAAUGAAUAUUGGAUUGAAUCGUGAUCAAUGGAUUCCAAAUGUAUUUCCAUUGAAUCAAUCGAUCCCGAUUGAAAUUGUAAAACAAUACCGAUUUAUCGGACAAUUGAUGGGCAUGGCAAUAAGAAAUAAACAUUAUCUAGAUUUAAAAUUUCCUGCUUUAUUAUGGAAACAAUUAUUAGGAGAAGACAUAACAGUGAAAGAUAUCGAAGCCAUUGAUGUACAAAGUUUUGCAAUUAUAAAAAAAAUAGAAAGUAUUAUUGCAGAAAACCAGCCAUUGUUUGAUAAUAUGAAUGAUCUACGAUUUGAGAUCAUGAGUUCUGCUGGAUACAUGUACGAAUUAAUGCCCGAUGGUAAAGCUAUUCGCGUAACAGUUAAUAAUUUCACAGAAUACUGUAUACGUUAUCAUGAAUACCAUUUUAAUGAAUUUCGUCGACAAAUUGAAUAUAUUCGACAAGGUCUAUGUAGUAUCGUACCAAAUAGUUUUAUGACAUUUCUGACAGUUAAUGAACUCGAAGACGCUGUAUGUGGAAAAGGUCAUAUUGAUAUCGAAUUAUUGAAACGAAAUACUCAAUACAGUAAUUGCAAGAAUGAUACACCAUUUAUUCAACAAUUCUGGAAAAUUUUAAGUGAGAUGUUCAAUGAAGAACAGAAGAAGUUGUUCCUAAAAUUUGUUUGGGGAAGGAAUACAUUGCCAAGUUGUGAUGAAGAAUUCACACAAAAAUUUUCUAUCAUCGUACUGACAAAUCGUGCAUCUUUUGAGCUAGAUAGAACUCUUCCAAAAUCACGUACAUGUUCAUUUGCUCUUCAUUUACCAGUUUAUUCAUCGACUGAAAUCAUGCAUGAACGUUUGAAUUAUGCCAUCACUCAUUGUUCAAAUGUUGAUGCUGAUGGCUAA